CGAUUUGUUGGACUACAAUGUGCUCAUCAAAGGAGGAGGGGAUAUGGGGUUAUAUGAAGAAAUAGUCGUUUCACCGAGGGCUCUUCAGACUCGAUCGAGCUCAAGUGCAUUUGGUGGGACCGGGGGUUGGGGAAGUGCAGGAAUGUUGUGGAUUCAGAUUUUAUCUGAAGAAAAAGCAUUUUAGAAAGGAACAGUUGGUAAUGAAGGUGAUCAUUAAUGACAAGUGUUAGCCGAUCUCCUCUAAAUUUACUUUCCCAUUUCAGAUUAUAGUUUGCAAUUAGUUUGGUCCCUCACAGGCUGACAGUCUGCUUCGGAAGCUCCUUCAUCUUUUUGACGUCUGGUAUUAUUCCUCUGUUUUGUUUUUUAGUCUCUUUAUUCCAAUGCAAGCGCCAAAUUGCGAUCGGCCUGUACCUUGGCCAGUUCUAAUUAGAACUACUCUUUCUUGCCCAUAAUGGAAGAACAGCAGUCCGGCUGCAAUUGUCGAAUUCGCGGAAAACAAUCCCUUGGAAUAAAAUCUCUCCCUUGUACGCCGCUCGGUAUCAUCUCGAUUGACCUCUCUUCCAAAUGUCUUGAGAGGAACGUUUGGGCGGGCGCAUAGCCUUUUGCCACGUAAUGGAAGAACAGCAGCCCCUUUCCUGCCUCUGCUAUAUAUAGACAUGUGAACAGUAGUCCGGCAGCGGCCGCAAACUGACCCACAGAUCUCUGCUUCGUCGUUUCUGGGAAUACAAUCAAUCUCCUUGUGCAUGCAAGAUCGAGUCGUGGUUUGGGGCAUUUAUAUGACGGGGUUGCUGAGCGGCGAGGGAGGGGAUGAGGAGCAGCUGCGGCCGCCGCCGGUGCUGCAGGUGAAGGUGUAUGGCUCGGCCGUGGAGUCGAGUGUGAAGCGGGCGUGGUUCGCGGGUCUGCUGAUCGUGGGGGCGGGGCCAGCGGGGCUGGCCACCGCCGCGUGCCUCAAGGCCAGAGGCGUCCCGGCGCUGGUCCUGGAGAGGGAGCGCUGCGCCGCGUCGUCGUGGAAGCUGCGCACCUACGAGCGCCUCCGACUCCACCUACCGAAGAAGUACUGCGCGCUGCCGCUGAUGCCCUUCCCGAAGGAGCUUCCCGAGUACCCCACACGGCAGCAGUUCGUCGACUACCUCGACUGCUACGUCGAUCGCUUCGCCCUCGCGCCGCUCUACGGCGUCGAGGUCGCGCAAGCGGAGUACGAUCCGUCCCUGGGCUUCUGGCGCGUCCGUGCCGCCGCCGCCGGCUUCGCCGGAGGCAGCGGCGGCGGAGUGGAGUUCGUGUCGAGGUGGUUGGUGGUGGCGACGGGCGAGAAUGCGGAGGCGGUGUGGCCGGAGACCAUCGGAGUGGCGGCGUUCCACGGCAAGGUGCUGCACACCAGCUGCUACGACAAGGGGGACGAGCACCGUGGCGAACGGGUCCUCGUGGUGGGCUGCGGCAACUCCGGCAUGGAGGUCGCCUUGGACCUCUGCGACAACGAUGCCAAGUUGCACAUAUUGCCGAGGGACAUAUUUGGAAUCUCCACCUUCGGGCUUUCCAUGUUCCUGCUCAAGUGGCUUCCGGUUAAAGCGGCAGACGCCCUCCUCCUUUCGAUCGCCAGACUCGUCUUGGGCGACACCGGUAAGUACGGGAUCGCGCGGCCAUCGCGCGGCCCCCUAGAGCUCAAAACCGCCACCGGCAAGACUCCAGUGCUCGACGUCGGCACCUUCGCCAAGAUCAAGAGCGGCCAAAUCAAGGGUUUUGUGCAGGUGGUCCCUGAUGUGAACCAGUACACAAGCAGAGGGGCAGAAUUUGUGGAUGGUACACACCGGGAAUUUGACUCCAUCAUCUUGGCGACAGGCUACAAGAGCAAUGUCACUUCUUGGCUCAAGGAGGAGGAUUUCUUCAGCAAGAAAGAUGGCUUUCCUAAGACUGCCUUCCCUCAUAAUUGGAAAGGAAAGAAUGGACUCUAUGCUACUGGUUUCACAAGGAGAGGGUUGUUGGGAGCUUCCAUGGAUGCCCACAAGAUAGCAGAGGAUAUAGCCAGCCAAUGGAAUACCAAGGCCAAUCCCUUGGAGCUGUAAAAAUAUCAGGCACAAGUUCCCCCCAAACCCUGAUACACUCUAUUGAUCAUUUUUGUUGUGGUACAACUGGGAAUUGGCCUUCCUUUGUUUAUGGGUCUGGAUACAGGUAUUAAAAAGAAACAAAAUUAAGUCUCCUAGGCCAGUGAAUUAUUUUUUUUGUGAGUUCUUUGUAUAGCCAACUCACUAAAAGGUUGGACUCUAGAUAACUUGCAGCUCGCACUUAGACGACAAAUCAAUCUAGAAAACUGAGUAGUUGGGUAGUGUGUAUACACUUCCAAAUCAAAUAUUGUUGCUUGUAACUAAGUGUUCACCCCCAGUUUCUUUAUAUUUAUAACUUGUACAAAUUUCUUUUGCAAACUAAGAUGCUGUUGUCAUAAGUAUAA